ACUGGCAGUUGGGGAACCAUGCGGUCAGACUGCUAAACAGAAGUGAACCCGGGUGGGGCAGCCGGGGCAGAGGCUGCUCUGAGCCUUGGUUUAUUUAAUCCAUUAUGGAGUCUCACCAAAGCUGCAAAAGAAUAACUGUAAACCCUGGUGACCCUGGCAUUGCAAAAGAUAAACUAGUGAAGUCAGAUCAGAUUUGCUGUCCUGACCUUUCCGACGACUCUAGUGAGAUCUCUGAGCCCUUUACAAAGGAGGAAGAGGAAGAGGAAAAUCUUAAGCAAACUGAAGGAAACUCUUUUGGCUCAUUGGGUUCUUCAGGACAAUGCAAGACCAAGUCCCACCCCUCUGGGAGUAAUAUUGUGAGUAAGAAGCAGAUGAGUUUAAAGAAUGAAACCAAAUUGUUGAAAGUGACAGACUCCGUUGCUUUAGAAAACAAGCAGUUUAAGAAAUGGAUUAAUUGUCCCAAGGCCAAAGAAGAUACUACCGCCCAAAACCAACAAGGCACUAAGCCCCAAAAAGAAGUCGAGGAAAUAACGGAGGAAGACUUGGAUGCCCUACGCUCUUUUUGUACCACUAGGAUAAAUUUGAUGUCUAAUUCGAGGAAAAAAAAUAGAACUAAAACUGUGCAGCAUAAAUCGGGUGUAGAGAAUCCUGCGUCAGAUAAGUCGAACCUCGUCGUGCCUGCUCAGCAAGUAAACAGCCUCAACCUUCAAGACCCGAAGGCACAGGUGAGAAAAACGGCAGGAAUUAAAGAACAUAACUCAGCACAUAGCUCUGACCACAACAAGAAGAGAGACCUUAAACAAGUUGCCUUCAAGACAGAGAAGACCUUCCUAGAAUCAACUGGAAUAGAAGAGAAAAUGGAAGAAUACAAGUAUAUCAAAGAUAUUCUCAUACUCAUUGGAGAAAUCCACAAAAACCUUCCCAGACUUUCAGAUGACCCAGAAAAAAUCUGGAAAAGACUAAAUAUACAAAGUCCUACUAGAUAGACUCUGUUUGGGUUUGGUUCAAGUAUGUAGUUGCAUCAGUAUAGUCAGCCCCACCUAAAACAGUGCAACCAUAUGACUUCUAUUAAUAAUAACAUGAUCAAUAAAUAUCUGUGGAAAAAAUAAAAUUAAUGAGCUAGUUUUGAUGAUUUCUAGGUCAUUUUCAGCUCUUUUUUUUCUUUUUUCUAUUCAACAUGUUAUGAUGUGUAAAAAUGGUCUAUAAAGUGACACCUUAUAUCUG